CAACAUUAUAUAUCACGCACGCUGCAUACUAAUGCCAGCACUAAAACACAUCUUUAAAAUAGCUCAUUCUGCUGCUUGAGAUCCGAGUGAGUGACAGGAGAAGCAGAGGGAACAUCAGAAUUCCCCCUGUGGCAAAAACUGCUGAUUGGGUCCUAAAAGCUGCUGCAGCUUUUUAACUUGUAAUAUUUGCGUCCUGACGCGUGCCACGAGCAGCCACACAGACUGAGACACCCUGAUUGUUGGAGGACUCAAAUAAAAUCCAUCAUCACAGAUUUUUUUUUCUCCUGUAGUUCAGGUUUGUGUGCGCGGAUGAGCGCGCGUGUUCUCCUGGAGAGGUUUUUUUGCGACAUGUUAAGGAUGAUAUCCCUUGGAUGUUUCCUGCUGCUGUUCGGGCUGACGCGUGUCAUGGCAAGCUAUCCCAUCUGGUGGUCCCUGGCAGUGGGCCACCAGUACUCGUCAAUGGGCACUCAACCUAUUCUUUGUGGGAGUAUACCGGGUCUGGUGCCCAAGCAGCUGCGUUUCUGCCGGAACUACGUGGAGAUCAUGCCCAGCGUGGCUGAAGGGGUGAAGAUCGGCAUCCAGGAGUGCCAGCACCAGUUCAGAGGCCGGCGCUGGAACUGCACCACCAUCAGCAACAACCUGGCCAUCUUUGGGCCCGUGUUGGACAAAGCUACACGGGAGUCAGCUUUCGUUCACGCCAUCGCCUCAGCGGGAGUGGCCUUCGCCGUGACCCGCGCCUGUGCAGACGGUUCGGCCACCAUAUGUGGAUGUGACACUCGACACAAGGGGCCCCCUGGCGACGGCUGGAAGUGGGGCGGCUGCAGCGAGGACGUGGAAUUCGGGAGCAUGGUGUCGCGGGAGUUCGCCGACGCCAGGGAGAACCGCCCGGACGCCCGCUCGGCGAUGAACCGCCACAACAACGAGGCGGGAAGAGCUUCCCUCAACGACAACAUGUUCCUGCGGUGUAAAUGCCACGGGCUCUCCGGCAGCUGCGAGGUGAAGACGUGCUGGUGGUCGCAGCCCGACUUCAGAGUCAUCGGUGACUACAUGAAAGACAAGUACGACAGCGCCUCUGAGAUGGUGGUGGAGAAACACCGGGAGUCCCGCGGAUGGGUGGAGACCUUGAGACCCAAGUACAACAACUUCAAACCACCCACGGAGCGCGACCUGGUUUACUACGAAAGCUCGCCUAAUUUCUGUGAACCCAACCCCGAGACCGGCUCCUUCGGCACUCGGGAUCGCGUCUGCAACCUGACGUCCCACGGCAUAGACGGGUGUGACCUGCUGUGCUGCGGCAGAGGCCACAACACUCGGACUGAGAAGAGGAAGGAGAAGUGCCACUGCAUUUUCCACUGGUGCUGCUACGUCAGCUGUCAGGAGUGUGUGAGAAUCUACGACGUUCACACCUGCAAGUAGACUUGUAAAGGUCCACAAAAGACUUCAAUGGACAGACGCAGAUUAUAAUCUGUAAGAACUGCGUGAAGCUGUGGACACACUGUUCUGUCUGCGCUGCGAUGCUUCAAAGAGCCAGUUAGCAUGAAUCCACAGAUAAAUAUUCUGGACGGCAGCAGUAACGGUGACAAAUUUUAUCACAAUGAUGAAUUAAGGUUCAUAAGUUGACAGAAGAACUGCUAGCUAGUUGACCAACACCAUAUUGGUGAUUCUUUUAUUUCCUCUAUUAGUAUGUAGAUCUGUUGAAAGUAGAAAAGCACUGUUGAUCUUUUCAAAUCUGUGAAGAAACAAGAAAAGUAAGAUUUUGUUUAAAAAAAAUGAAUUCUUCUCCUGUUGAACUUGUUUUUGCCGCAGAAAGAUUUGAUUCGCCAGCAUGCGUCCUCCUCCUCAUCACUGAGAGCUAACCUGAACACUGUGUGAGUGUUUUAUUUUUGUUUUUUGAAUGCACAUGCCUUUGAGUGAAUGUUUGCGUUUACACGUUCUCACAUUCUUAAGCUAACAGACUGAAAUCUGCUUUAAAUGACUAACUUUAUUUAAGAGUUGACAUGAGCCACAUCUGCUGGAAAGAACAACAGAGGAACAAUACACCGUCUGCACAUUCCCCAACACCGAAAACUGUUACCAGAGAGCAACGCCACUUUGAGCAUCAUGGAGACUUCCAAAAACAGGAGAACUAUCUGACUGUGUCGCGGUCAGAGAGCUGGAGCUGUGCGUCAGCGGUCAGCCCUCGUGUCCCGCUGACUAAUGUGAAGCGCAUCUUCCAUGUUUUGAGCAGUAUUAGCAAUAGCGUGUUGAAAAAUGUUAUUUAAAAAUGAAUUGCUAUGUUUUUUGUGUAAUUGUAUUUUAAUAACUAAUGGAGGUAUACCCCCAGUGUACAAAUGUGUUAUAAAAGCUCUCUCUAUAACACAGAUUACAAAAAGUUGUGUCAGUAACUUUCAAUGGUAACACUUUAUAAUACCCAUCUGUUAUACAUGGUCAACACAUCAUGAAUUAACUGUUAGUUAACGAGUUAAGUGACUUGUUAACAUAAAAGUUAACACUGUUAAGGAAUUAGAAGCGUGUCUUAUAGUCGGUCAGUUGAUAAGCUGGUAGUUAAUGAGUUAUAAAUUGUUACCUAUAUUUCAGCGAAUUAUACUUUACCUUAUAAAUUAGUAAUAAUGAUUAAAUCUAGUAGUUAAUGAGUUAUAAAAGGAUUCUUAAAUGUAUCUUAUACAUGGUUAAUUGAUGACCAUAAGCUGUUAGUAAGUAAGUUAUUAAUGACUUGUUACCCAAUAUUUAUCUUUUAAAUUAGUAAUAUGUCAUUAACUGUUAGUUAAUUAUAGGGCUGGGUUGAUAAAAUCGAAUAAUCGAUCAAUCAAUCAAUAGAUCAAUAGUCAAUUCAUAAGUAUAGAUCAAUCUAACGCAUAAUGCUAAAGUCUGCUAGCUUGAGGCUAACAUAUAAUGGGAUUUCAUAUAGGACGGCUAAUGCUAACGCUCGGUCGACGUCAACAUACGUUGCUGACUAAAUGAACAUUUUUAUUUACUCACAGGCAUGAUUUUAUUUUAAGAGAUAUUUCUAGUCUAAGGCACCAUUUUUUGCUCAUACUUUCUUCUUCUUCUGGAAUAAGGUGUAAUGCUAUACCACGAUCGCCACCUAGUGGCCAAACUAAAAUGUUCUCCAGGAGAGGCAGAACAAAUGGAGCUUCUCCAUUUGAGAAACCAUGUAACGCUGUACGGUAUUAUCAAUCUCAUUAUAAUUCCAAGAAUAAAUGUUAUAGUAUUUGAAAUGCAUCAGAUUAAAAUGAAUAUCUUCAAAACAUAUUUUGUUUAUUUUUAAACACAUUUUCUAAACAAAUAAACUGUAAAAUUGAUUUGAAUCGAAUUAAAUUGAGAAGAUCAAAAGAAUCAGAAAAAAUCGGAAUUGAAUCGAUCCAGGCUUUGUUGAAUCAGUUUGAAUCAUUAAUAAUUACUUUAUGUGAAAGGGAUGUAAUUUUAAAGUUGGAAAUGUUCCUCAUUUACGUAAGGGAUAAUGCCCGAUGAAGUGUGCAUUAUCAAAAAGAUCAUUCACACUACGUCAGCCAUUAUACCGUGAUCACUUACAAAGAAAUAAAUAUUCAAUAUAUUUCAUUCUUGUUUUUUCUUUUAGGUUUAGAUCAAUUUUUAUUUUUAUUUUUUUACAAAAAGCUGAUUACUUGAUUGACAGUGCGGACCGUUGUCACGGUAAUAUGAGAACACGUCGGUGGGCCGACAUUAGUAAAUAGUUUAUUUUGUCACUAAUGAAUAAGUCACAUUUAUGAUUCUUAAACUGUUAACUAUUUAUCAAGUCAUUUAUAACUCAUUAACUAACAGUUUCUUAAUAAUUUAACUAGCUAUAAUGGAUAGUUAUUAUAACGUGUUACCUUUUAGAUCCCGUCAUCUUGUCUCAGAACUAAAAUCUGUGCAGCAUCAGUGAAACUCUCCCCACAUUCCUUCUGUUAAUGCUGCUAAAAUUGUCUUUUUUUUUUAGGUCUUUACUCGUUUUUCUUUGCUGUCGGCUACCGUAUAUAUAAACUCUCUGCAUGUGUCAAUUCUUUCUGUGAAAGAAACCUCUUAAUAUAGUUUGAUAAAAAUGUGAAGUUUGACUAAUUAUUUUCAUUUAACCAAAUUGAGCAAAUUUGAAAUGUUGGUGUGGUUUGUGAUAGAAAACAUUGUGGAAACUUGAUGACUUAGAGGAGAAAAAAAAACAAAGUGGUUGGGCAGAAAAUGUCCAAAGAAAGCUUUUUUAAAGUAAAAAACACACUAUGACAGGACGAUUGCUGGAUUAGGCCACUCCCUCCCAGGAGAACAAGUGAACACGUUAAAUUAAAGGAGUUUUCCAUCAUUUUUUUUUAAUGAAUGUAUCGUUUUGUUUGUUUUUUUGUUCCAGCUUUGUUGUGUUUUCCUCCUCCUGAGAAAUUCAUAUUUGAGUUUUUUGUGAAAUUUAAAAAUAAACGGAAGAUAAUAUUUAUUUAUAACUAAAACUGCGACGGUUUGUUGAUGGCAUAAUGUGCAUAUCAGUGACCUCUCCACUGUGGAGGGAUGCAGAACGUUUUCUUUUUUAUAUGUUUACAGUUUGUUGCAGAAAUGUACCACUACCCUUUACUGUACAUCAUGACUGAAAAUAUUAAUAAACAGCCACACAACUAAUGUUUUAAAUAAUUCUUGCGUAUGGAAAAAAGACAACAUCCUCAUCAGUACCAGAUCUUUGAUGCUACUAUACACUUUACAUGUGAGUGACUGCUUGUGUGGACAAUGUGUUUCUAUCUUUUAAAUCCAAAGUUUUGUACAAACUAGUUGUAGCAUUUUUAUAAAUCUCUAAAAUUUAAUGUUUUUUAUGAUUAUUUAUUUUAUGGUGUGUAUAUAUAUUAGUGAGUGAAAGUAUAUAUUUCCGGAGAUUUUUUUUUUUUGGAACAGUGUUGUAACACUGUAGGUUUUUUUUUUUUUUACCUCAUCGUUGUUUUGAUAUUUUCUUUUACUGACUUCACACUUGCCCCUGUUAUAGAUUUCAACAAGUUAACAACUUCUGUAACAUGAAAAUAAAACAAAAAUAAAUAUUAAAAACUGAUGUGGGCUUUUAUUUUUGAGAGCUGAGAAAUAAAAAAAUGUUUUUCAUGUGAUCAGUCAAGUCAGAUCCUAUUUUUAUUUCAUUUUACAGAAUAUUUUUUUUACCUUUUGGUGUCUUCCACCUGCUACGGAUGAAAGAAUCCCUCAUCAUUGUCCUGUUUU